CCCGCCCGCCGAGGAGGGGACGCGAGCGGGAGGCUGCGCCAGCGGCGCCCGCCGGGGGCCCGCCGCACUCUGCUCUCGGCCUCCCGGGCUGCGGGGACGGGACGGCUGCCGGCGCGGACUUUGCGGGCCGGGAGCCGAGUCCAGGACAGAGCCGGAACCACCGAGGGAGGCGAGAGGGCAGUGCGCGGAGAUGGCGGCCGCGGCGGCGGAGGAAGGGAUGGAGCCACGGGCGCUGCAGUACGAGCAGACCCUGCAUUUUGAGCUGGGGAAACUGAGGCUUGGAAGUCUGAGGCUGCGGGGCCGAAGGGAUGGAAAACUGCAUGCUGGUUUCUGGCUGAGGCUGAGGGCCUGCAGAGGACAAGGACACCAGAUGUAUGGCCGGUACACUCAGGACCUUGGGGCCUUUGCCAAAGAGGAAGCUGCUCGGAUUCGCCUGGGAGGGCCUGAACCCUGGAAAGGUCCCCCUUCCCCUCGGGCUGCCCCAGAGCUCUUGGAAUAUGGACGGAGCCAUUGCGCCCGAUGCCGCGUCUGUUCUGUCCGCUGCCACAAGUUCCUAGUAUCCAGGGUUGGUGAAGAUUGGAUCUUCCUGGUCCUGCUGGGGCUCCUCAUGGCACUGGUCAGCUGGGUCAUGGACUAUGCCAUUGCUGCCUGUCUGCAAGCCCAGCAGUGGAUGUCCCGGGGCUUGAACACCAGCAUCUUGCUCCAGUACCUGGCCUGGGUCACCUACCCUGUUGUCCUCAUCACUUUCUCAGCCGGAUUCACACAGAUCCUGGCCCCUCAGGCUGUCGGCUCUGGCAUCCCUGAGAUGAAGACCAUCUUGCGGGGAGUGGUGCUGAAAGAAUACCUCACACUCAAGACCUUUAUAGCUAAGGUCAUUGGGCUGACCUGCGCCCUAGGCAGCGGGAUGCCGCUUGGCAAAGAGGGCCCUUUUGUGCAUAUCGCAAGCAUGUGUGCUGCCCUUCUCAGCAAGUUCCUCUCCCUCUUUGGGGGUAUCUAUGAGAAUGAAUCCCGGAACACAGAGAUGCUGGCUGCCGCCUGUGCCGUGGGGGUGGGCUGCUGCUUCGCGGCACCUAUUGGAGGCGUCCUCUUCAGCAUCGAGGUCACCUCCACCUUCUUUGCAGUGCGGAACUACUGGCGGGGCUUCUUCGCUGCCACCUUCAGUGCCUUCAUCUUCCGGGUCUUGGCAGUCUGGAACCGGGAUGAAGAGACUAUUACAGCCCUCUUCAAAACCCGAUUCCGGCUCGACUUCCCCUUUGACCUGCAGGAGCUGCCAGCCUUUGCUGUCAUUGGUAUUGCUAGUGGCUUCGGUGGAGCCCUCUUUGUCUACCUGAACCGGAAGAUUGUCCAGGUGAUGCGGAAGCAGAAAACCAUCAAUCGCUUCCUCAUGAGGAAACGCCUGCUCUUCCCGGCUCUGGUGACCCUGCUCAUCUCCACGCUGACCUUCCCCCCUGGCUUUGGACAGUUCAUGGCUGGACAGCUCUCACAGAAAGAGACGCUGGUCACCCUGUUUGACAAUCGGACAUGGGUCCGCCAGGGCCUGGUGGAGGAGCUAGAACCACCCAGCACCUCACAGGCCUGGAACCCACCACGUGCCAACGUCUUCCUCACCCUGGUGAUCUUCAUUCUCAUGAAGUUCUGGAUGUCUGCACUGGCCACCACCAUCCCAGUUCCCUGUGGGGCCUUCAUGCCUGUCUUUGUCAUUGGAGCAGCAUUUGGGCGUCUGGUGGGUGAAAGCAUGGCUGCCUGGUUCCCAGAUGGAAUUCAUACGGACAGCAGCACCUACCGGAUUGUGCCUGGGGGCUACGCUGUGGUCGGGGCAGCUGCGCUGGCAGGAGCGGUGACACACACAGUGUCCACGGCUGUGAUCGUGUUCGAGCUCACAGGCCAGAUUGCCCACAUCCUGCCUGUCAUGAUCGCCGUCAUCCUGGCCAACGCUGUCGCCCAGAGUCUACAGCCCUCCCUCUAUGACAGCAUCAUCCGAAUCAAGAAACUGCCCUACCUGCCUGAGCUCGGCUGGGGCCGCCACCAGCAGUACCGGGUGCGUGUGGAGGACAUCAUGGUGCGGGAUGUUCCCCAUGUGGCCCUCAGCUGCACCUUCCGGGACCUGCGUUUGGCACUGCACAGGACCAAGGGCCGAAUGCUGGCCCUAGUGGAGUCCCCUGAGUCCAUGAUUCUGCUGGGCUCCAUCGAGCGUUCACAGGUGGUGGCAUUGUUGGCGGCCCAGCUGAGCCCAGCCCGCCGGCGGCAGCACAUGCAGGAGCGCAGAGCCUCCCAGACCUCUCCGCUAUCUGAUCAGGAGGGUCCCCCUAGCCCUGAGGCUUCUGUCUGCUUCCAGGUGAACACAGAAGACUCAGCCUUCCCAGCAGCCCGGGGGGAGACCCACAAGCCCCUAAAGCCUGCACUCAAGAGGGGGCCCAGUGUCACCAGGAACCUCGGAGAGAGUCCCACAGGGAGCGCAGAGUCGGCAGGCAUCGCCCUCCGGAGCCUCUUCUGUGGCAGUCCACCCCCUGAGGCUGCUUCGGAGAAGUUGGAAUCCUGUGAGAAGCGCAAGCUGAAGCGGGUCCGAAUCUCCCUGGCAAGUGACGCGGACCUGGAAGGCGAGAUGAGCCCUGAAGAGAUUCUGGAGUGGGAGGAGCAGCAACUAGAUGAACCUGUCAACUUCAGUGACUGCAAAAUUGAUCCUGCUCCCUUCCAGCUGGUAGAGCGGACCUCUUUGCACAAGACUCACACUGUCUUCUCACUGCUGGGAGUGGACCAUGCUUAUGUCACCAGUAUUGGCAGACUCAUUGGAAUCGUUACUCUAAAGGAGCUCCGGAAGGCCAUCGAGGGCUCUGUCACAGCACAGGGUGUGAAAGUCCGGCCGCCCCUCGCCAGCUUCCGAGACAGUGCCACCAGCAGUAGUGACACGGAGACCACUGAGGUGCAUGCACUCUGGGGGCCCCACUCCCGUCAUGGCCUCCCCCGGGAGGGCAGCCCUUCCGACAGCGACGACAAAUGCCAAUGAGCCCCUCGUGGGUGGCCUAGGAUGGUGCUAGCCAUGCCCGUCAGCCCAGAAUGUGCAUCUUUCAUUCCUUCUGCCUUUGGAAGGCAGGAGGCAGCUACAGCUGGAGGCUGCACCCCAGCCCCCUCCAGACCUGGGGUGCCAGCUUCUCCCAGUUCAUCCUACCUGGAAUCUGACCCACUACCCACCUGUGGCAAGUUUUCCAGAGGCAGGAAGAUCGGCCCUGCCCUGGCAGGAUGGGUUGGGGUCACUUGACCCCUGCUCCCCCUUUGAGGGGAAAGGGGUGGAACUAAGAUGGGUUUAUAACUGGAACCUCCAAUGACCAGAUGUAUAUAGAGAUUUACAAAGAUUUUUAUAUUAAUUUAAUAAAACAAAUUCUUAAAUAGAACAAAAUAAACACCUAAUGAGCCACUUA